AUGAACUUCUUCACUAAUUUUGGUGUUCAUGAUAAAAUUCUGCUAUUAGGAGAAGGAAAUUUUUCGUUUUCUUGCUGUCUUGUGAAGCUUUUGAAAGAAAAAUGCGGUAUUACUGAAUUUUCUAAUAUCUAUACAACUUGUUUUCAAAACGAAUUAUCUUCUUUAGCAGUGAAUAAUGUGAAUUUUUUAAAAAGUGAAGGCGCUGAAGUAUUCUUGGGAAUAGAUGCAACUAGACUUGAAGAUGAGGCAAAUUUGAAGUUUAUUAAAUUUAAUAAAAUAAUUUUUAACUUCCCUCAUGUUGGGGGGAAAAUGAAAAUUCACCUUAAUCGUUCACUUUUGUGUAACUUUUUUGUAAGCUGUUCUAAUAUUCUAGCAGUAGAUGGUGAAGUAUUGGUUGCACUCUGUGCUGGCCAAGGUGGUACACAGUUUGAAGGCAUAAAUCGUAGAUGGGAUGAUACUUGGCAAAUUGUUGAACAGGCUGCACAUGGUGCCUUUAUAUUGUCGUUUGUAGACUAUUUCCCUCAUGUUAUGUUCAAAGAUUAUCAUCCAAUCGGUUACAGAGGGAGAGAACAAAAGUUUUCUAUUACGUCAUCUGUUAUGCAUGUGUUUAAAAAAGUUAUAUUGCCCUUGUCAUAUGUUGAUAGUGAUUACAUCAAUAAAGUUUCUAAUUACCAUGCCUUGGAAAGUGACAGUAAUCUCGCCGUAUCAUAUGCCUAUAAAUUAGCAAUUAAUAAAAAUCCAUUAGAAAAUCAUAAAAGUGCUCAAUAUUUUCUGUCUAAUAAGUUGCACGAAUUUGUGUCAAGUCAUCUGUUGAAUAUUUUAAAUAUUUCUAAUUUACCAUAUCAUACUGAAUAUAAUUCAAUGAAAGCUCCAUGCAUGUAUAGAGAAACACUUCAUUCAUUACGUUCAACUUUGAUAGAUGUAAUACCUACAUUUAAUGGUUGUUUUAUUGUAGAAGGGUUGGUUUUUGAAAAAUUUGGUUCUGAUUUUAGUGAUUUAGGUGUUCAUUGCCAAGCUGUAAUUGUAGGAUCAAAUCAAUAUUCAUUAAUUAAAGAUUUUAUUGAGUUUAUUGAAAAAGUAUUCAGUUUUGAUGGAAGUUUAUCUCUUAAACAAUGUGAUAAUGAAUGGUUCAUCCUAAUUCAAAGUAGCAUGAUGCCCUGUAGGAAGGUGAUUUGCUCUGAUAUUGCUCUUAAUUCCAUCAUAAUUGAUAUUGAUUACCUUUGUUCUUUCUUAUUGAAAGUCUCUUUAAAAGAGCUUUGGGAUGAGAAGACCGUUUUCGAAGACACUUCAUUUAGAUUGUUUCUACCUAGUUUGUACCCUCUUGAGUUUUCUUUUGAUAUUUCAUUUGCCUCCAAAAAUAAUCUAGAUGAAGAUGUAUUUUUCAAUGUUUUGCAUCAUGCUCCAGAUAAUUUGAUUGAGUCAGUAGAAUUUUUGAGUGUUUACCAACAUCCCAAUAUUCUUGAUAAAUCGUACUGUUAUAGGCUUAAAUAUAAGUCAAUCAAUAAACCUCUUUGUAGAAAGUUGGCUAUACAUAUUCAUCGUUAUGUUGUUGGGAAACUUCUAGAAAGUAUACUUCAUGUCAAACUUCAUUAA